UUGGGCGUGGGCGAGGGCGUGGGCGUGGCGCGAGUCGGGACGUAGCAAGGUUUGUUUACGGACACAUGUACAGCAAGAGCAAGAGCAAGAGGACAAGUGGCGCAGCGCAGCGGCUCCACGACCCCCACUCAGACACGGCGCGGCACCCACACCCCCACGACCCCCGGCGCCGCCCAUCACACCCGUCCUCCUGGCACACGCUCCUCGGCAGGCCAGAGUCGUCCCGGCCAGCACCAGAGGCACCAUGAACCGCCUGGCAGUAUUCUUCACAUUCCUUCUGGGUGGGGCGUCUGCCCUCUACUCCUCGUCCAGUGGCGUCGUCGAUCUCACGCCCUCCAACUUCCAGCGGGAUGUGAUCAACGGUGAUGAAGUUUGGAUUGUAGAAUUUUAUGCUCCUUGGUGUGGACACUGUCAGCAGCUAGUACCAGAGUACCAGAAGGCAGCUCAGGCCCUGAAGGGUGUUGUUAAAGUUGGUGGAGUGAAUGCAGAUGAACACAAGAGCCUGGCACAGCAGUUUGGCAUCAGGGGAUUCCCUACAAUAAAAAUAUUUGGCCUUGACAAGAAGAAGCCUCAAGAUUACAAUGGUCAGCGAACAGCCAAAGGCAUUGUUGACCACGCGUUGGAAAUUGCGCAAGACAAAGUUCGAGCACAGCUCUCGGGUAAGAAGAGCGGAGGUGGUGGUGGUGAUGGUGGUGGUAGUAGUAGUGGUGAUUCAGAUGUUGUUGAGCUCACUGAUAGUAACUUUGAGAAGCUUGUCCUCAAGUCCGAUGACAUGUGGCUCGUUGAGUUCUUCGCUCCUUGGUGUGGCCACUGCAAGAACCUAGCACCCCAGUGGGAAGCUGCAGCCACUGAGCUUAAAGGGAAGGUGAAGCUUGGUGCCCUCGACGCCACCGUGAACACAGUCAUGGCCAGUCGGUACGAGGUCAAGGGUUACCCCACCAUCAAGUUCUUCCAUAAGGGUGAUGUUGAGGAAUACGAUGGCGGCCGAAAGUCUUCUGACAUCGUGACAUGGGCAACAGACAAGGCUGCCGUCAACAUUCCACCUCCCGAGGUAAAGCAGAUCAAUACAGAAGCUGAUCUUGACGAAGCCUGCAAGGAACAUCCCAUCUGUGUGAUUUCCAUCCUUCCUCACAUUCUUGACUGCCAGAGUCAGUGCCGUAACAAGUACAUCAAGAUGCUCACUAGGCUCGGAGACAAGUACAAACAGAAAAUGUGGGGAUGGGGGUGGGCCGAGGCCAUGGCACAGCCUGAGCUGGAACAGGCUCUGGACAUUGGUGGGUUUGGGUACCCAGCUUUGGCGGCACUCAAUGCCAAGAAGAUGCAGUUUGCUUUGCUGAAGGGAUCAUUCAGUGAAGACGGAAUCAACGAGUUCUUGAGGGACAUCUCUUUCGGCCGUGGCCGCACGGCUCCAGUCCGCGGAGCACAACUGCCGAAGAUUGCGAAAUCCGAACCCUGGGACGGCAAGGACGGAGCUCUGCCCGAGGAAGAAGAUAUCGAUCUCUCAGAUGUUGAACUGGAUGAUUUUGAUUCCAAGGAUGAAUUAUAAAAUAAUUUACUUAACUAGCUCACUGAAAACCAUAAACUUUCUCAUGUUGAGAACACACUGGUAGUGCAGUUCAGAAAGCAGUUUAUUUAUGCUAUGCAUUAAUGUCAGAUUUGUAAAAUUUGAAAUGUGUAUUUCAAAAGUUUGAAGAUUUGUACAAGCCAUGGAAGUGUAUUGGAUAUUGUUCUGGACAAAUGAAACUUGUAUGCAUCAUUCCUUCAGUCAAGAAAACUGUGACUUAACUGAAUUGCAAGACUCCCCUUCUAAAUAUUGCUGCCGAGAUUAUGAUGUAUUUAUAAUUUUGUAAAAGGACAUGUACGAUGAAUAUGUUUGUGUGAAGUGUUUUAAACUAUGACAAUCUGCAUUUGUUUGUUACCUGCACAAAUAUGUUUCAUGCUUGUGAUUUUGACGGUAUGGAUUAAAUAAACAUUUUGUACGAA